AUGGCUCUUCCUGGUCGCCAAAGAACGGACGGGUCGCGAGUGGUCGUUGUAGGAGCGGGGAUCGGCGGCGUCUCCUUUGCUAUCGCGCUGAAAAGACAGUUGGGUUUUCAAGGUUUCACCAUCUACGAGCAAGCCACCGAUAUUGGUGGGACCUGGCGAGACAACACCUAUCCCGGAAGUGGAUGCGACACACCUGCACACUGGUACAGUCUCUCAACAGACUUGAAUCCUUACUGGAGUACCACCGUCCCCCCUCAGCACGAAGUCUGGGCCUACUGGAAAGCUCUUGCGACAAAAUAUGACUUGUACGAGCACACAACCUUUCAUACGAAGGUCAUAUCUGCAGCCUGGGAUACCGCACAGCAAAACUAUUGCAUCGUUCUCGAGGACGUAAAGACGGGCGAGCGGAGGGAUACGCGCGCCUCGGUAGUCAUCUCCGCGCAAGGCUACUUGGUCGAGCGCCGGAUUCCCGAAAACCUGCGCGAUGCAGGCUUGGAAAGGUUCGCUGGACCCGUGUUUCAUUCCGCAAAUUGGAAUCACGACAUACCACUGAGCGGUAAGAGAGUCGUCGUUAUCGGGAAUGGUGCCUCGGCUGCCCAGUUCAUUCCGCGUCUGAUAGCGGAUCAGAGCACGUAUGUCGUGAACUUCUGCCGCACGGCGAACUGGUUUCUUCCAAGUAUACGCGGAGAUUAUUCGACUUUGCAAAUUUGGGCCUUCGCCAACGUUCCAUUUGUGCUGCGCUUGUAUAGGAACUGGCUCGUACUAGUGAAUGGGUUGUUUCCGAUCAUGCGAAGGAAGUGGAGAGCUGUUUUCGGUGGUAGGGCGCCAGAACAGCACUUGAUAGAUUACAUUCAGCAAACCGCUCCAAGAAAAUACCACGACCAGCUCGUUCCUAGAUACCCGCUUGGAUGCCGCCGCCCCAUUCUCGACCCUGGUUACCUCGCAUGUCUGCACCAAAGUAACGUCGAGUUAAACUGGAAUGGUAUCAGCCGAAUCACGGAAAACGAAAUACACACGGACAAAGGCGAAACGAUUGCGGCCGAUGUAAUAAUCCUCAGUACCGGCUUCGUUACCGACCAAUACUCGGUCCAUAUCACAGGCAGUGACGGUCAAACCUUAAGCGACUAUUUCGCCGCAAACGGCGGCCCAACCGCCUAUCUUGGCGUCGGCGUCCCCGGAUUUCCCAACUUAUUCUUCGUCGGAGGCCCAAACACGGUCACCAGCAACGGCUCCGCCGUGUUUACGCACGAGAUCGCGAUCAACCAGAUCGUUCAGCUCCUCCGACCUGUCCUCUCACCGUCGCCGUCGAUAUUGUCCGUCGCGCCGAAACGGGCUGCGCAUGACGCGUACAACAAACGCCUCCAGGAGACGCUAUCCGCGACGAGCUGGGUGCGCUGCGCGUCGUGGUACCGCGCCGGGGCCGACGGGAACGGCAAGAACUUUGGCAUCUUUCCGUGGUCGGUGUGGGCGUUCUGGUGGUUGACAAGGCGAGUGGAUUGGGAGAAUUGGGAGUGUUUAAGCGUGUAA